CUGGCAAGGUCAGUCUUAGUUUUAAAAUUUCAAAUCAAAACGAAAGUAAUAAAUGAGAAGGUGAAUAUAGUGAAUUCUGGUCAAGUUGUUUGAUAUAUCAGAGAAAUGUUUCGAACAAAAUAGUAUUUAAGGUCAGCAAGCAAAAUGGCCACACCUAUCACAUGGGCCCAAGAAGUCAUCACUUGUGACAUUUGUAACAAUGCUGCCUAUCAAUUUUGUAAUAGCUGCCAGGUCAAUCUCUGUGGAAACUGCAUCAAUAAACAUGUUGAUGCCCAUAAACUACUUCCACAUGACAUUGUUCCGUUUACCAAAAGAAAUGUGAAAGAGGUCAGUCAGCAAUGCGAAUUACACCCAGGUCAGAAAUGUGAGGCGUGCUGUCAACAAUGUGACGUAGUAGUCUGCAUGAAAUGCGUCAUUACUUCGCACAAAACCCACAGUAUCGAGGAAAUUCCAGCUGAUUACUAUGACAACAUUGAAAAGAUUUUGUUAGAGUCAGAGGAACUUCAGAAGCAACUGGAUUUUGAGAAACGGCAAAGUGCCGCAGACAAAUCAAAUACAUGCAUUGCAAAAACAACAGCAAAAUUUGAAGAGAUUGAAAGAGAAUUAGAAGGACACCAAAUAUGCUGGCAUCAGGAAGUAGAUAAAAUCUUUGAAAAACAUCAAAAUUCAAUUAAAUCCAUGAAGGACAAGGCGAUAAAAUCCCUUACCGAAAAAAAUCAUGAAUCAAGAAGUAUAACCGAGAGUAUGAUCCAAACUAUUAAAGAAAACAAAGAAAUCCUUAGGUCCAAACCAGUCUCCAAGGUUGUCAACUACAAAUCAAAACUCCAAGAAUACAAACCUACACCUGAAGGAAUUAAUGUAACCAUUCCUUCCUUAAAAGUAAAAAAAGAUCGAGGAAAAGAACUAAGCAUAGAACUUGGAGAAUUCAAAGCUACACUAACACAGACAUUGCUUCUUGGUAUAAUCAAAGACGUCCCCGUCUUGUCUGCGUCAGAAUUGCUUGGGAAAGGCAGAGUGAUUGCUGAUAUUCAGCAUUUACCGAAGUGCGAGUAUUUUCAUACAAUAGCUUGUGCUGGAUCUGAUGAAGCAUGGAUUGAAGUUGGUUGCGAACUAAUUCUACGAUUGGACAUACGUGGGUCUGUAAAAGAGUCUAUCAGCAUUUCAAAGGACCUAGCUGACAUCUCAGUGACUAAAGAAGGAGAACUGAUUUACACUGAAUUUUUCGGUAAAAAUGUGAAUAUUGUCAGACGUAAUAUAACAAAACCACUGAUAAAAGCACCCGAGGGCUGGAAGCCAUGGGGACUUUGCUGCACCGAUUCAGGCAACAUCCUUGUCGACCUGAUAUCUGACGAUGCAAUCUAUGAUCACAAAAUAGUUUGUUAUGCCGGACAGAAAACAAAGCAAGAAAUACAGAAUGAUUCAAAAGGAGUUCCUAUUUUUCGAAGAGGAGACUUUGUAAUAUAUUUAGCUAAAAACAGAAACGGGGAUAUUUGUGCCUCCGAUGGAAAUGCAAAGAAAGUGGUUGUCAUGGAUGCGAAAGGGAAUGUCAGAUUCCGGUACCAUGGUUAUGAAGCAAAUAAAAAAAAAUAUUUUUGUCCAGAGCAAAUUGCUACUGAUUCCAUGAGUCAAAUUAUUGUGACAGAUCACAACAAUGAUUGCCUGCAUAUUCUGGAUCGAAAUGGACAAUUCUUACAAUGCGUGGAUGACUGUGGAUUAGAUACACCAGGUGGUUUGAGUGUGGACAGUAAGGGUAGGUGUUGGGUCGGUCUGCGUUUUGGAAAAUUGAAAGUGAUUUCAUUGAAGAUGUAAACCUGCAGGAGAGAUGGUGAUGAACUACAGCAAAACUCGGUCAUAACGAAGUCACUGGGACCUAUGAAAUUACUUUGCUAUAUCCGUAAUUCGUUAUAACCGUAUAAGAAAUUCAUUUAAUUCAUAUAGCUGGGGAUCCAAGAUGACUUCGCUAUAUCAAAUUCGCUAUAACCGUGUUCGUACUAAACGAGUUUUGCUGUAUAGCAAUCGUUCUUAUCAGCAAAAAGCUUCAGAUAAUACUAGUAUAUUUUGUGAGAUAAUAGAUUGAAUCAUAAUUUUAGAUCUUCCAAAUAAGAUUUCCUUUAACAAUCUGUGUUUGUCAUUAGAUGUGACAGUAGAGUACUUAUACAGUUCUGCAUUAUCACUGCUUGCAUGACAAAUAAAAAAAGUUAUACAGUUAUCAAAAAAUAUCUGAAUAUCGUCAAAAAUACAUAUUUGCGAAAGUUUAAAACUGCAGUAAUUCUUAUCUUUGCUAUGGAUGUGAUGAGAAUUAAGACAUUUCCUGAUGUGCAGUUGGAUCACGGCUUUUUUCCUCUUUGUAUUUGAGAGACUGGUGACCUUAGAUUUAGAGAAAAUUGUAAAAAAAAA